UUUUUGAUUUUAUAUUCUAAUAAAUAAUAAACUCAUUACGAGUGUUAACGUCAAAGGGAAACUGUUAUAUAUAUCUCCGCUUUUAAUUGUUAAACAGUUUAAUAUAUCUUAGUUCUAGUAAUUUGUUCCACAUUAGUUGACUUUUAUUGCAAACCAUGGCUGCUAAUAUGAUGAUGAAGGUGUUGAGAACAAUACAACUUGAUUUAGCCGAACAAAAAGAUUACAUCAAGAACUUGCAUGUCGUAUAUACAAAUAUAAACGAAAAGUUCAAUCUCAUGGAGGGAAAGCUUAACCAACAUCAAGCAACUAUGGAAAAACUUGAGGAGGAAGUUAGAAAGAACAAUACGCUACUGUUCGGGAACGGAAACAAUGUAUCGGGAAUCGAACGCGACGACACUACCAUGACCUGCGAAGAACUGGACACCAAUGAUGUCAGUGUGCGGACUGGCAAAAAUAUUGAAAAUGAUGAGGCAAGACAACUUCAAAUUUUAAAUAAAGAACCACUCUUGGAGCAGACAAAUUGGCAAGGCGAGGACAAUAAUAAAAAUAAUGGCUUUCAACGUUCUGACAGCGGCAGCAAUGUGAAGGAUUCCAUCACUGGAGAUAUGAGGGAGAUUAAAGAACUGUUUGCCGAUUUUGUGCAAUCAGGAAAAAGAUUCUUUGAAGAAACAGUACCUCCGGUUCGGCAAAAAGAGGACCCAAUAUCGCAGACUUAUUUCAUCCCAGAACAGAUUAGUCAGCUCAAUGGUGAAUUUAAACAAAUGAUGUCUGAGGCACCAACUUAUGAAGAACAGAUAAAAAAUCUUGAUAGCCAGUUGAAUGAAAUUAGAGAAAAAUAUCAAUCUCAGAUGAAUGAAAUGAGAGAAUUAGUUAAGAUAAUUGAAACUGAGGGCAAAAUGCCCACUAAAAAAACUGCAACUUCAGUCCCUCAACAAAAACCAGAGACAAUUCAGAUACCAAGUUAUUCAAGGCUUCGUGAGAUCAGGGAGCUCAAUGCUGAAUUGAAGAAAAUCACUGAAAAGUAUCAGGAAACCAACAUUCCCAACAUAGAAGUUGUACAUGACACGAGCCUUCACACACAUCCAGUCAUGAAAGCACUAGAACAACAUAAGGGUGUAGCAUUAAUAAACUUUAUAGACAGCAAAAUUAUAUACAUUGAUUAUCACCUUUUUCAACCUUCUCUCAUAGAGCAACUAAAAGACAAACCAGACAUGACCUUAGAAGAGUGUCUUAAGGAUAAUUGGGGAAGCAUAAAAGAUGCUAAUGGAUUACCUCUUCAUACCAGAUGCCAUUUUUAUACUCGUAUAAAUUUUGCAAUAGUUACGUAAGUAUAUUCAUUUUCUAUCCCUAAAUUAGCCCAAAAUCUAAAAAUCUGAACUAAACCACUAAGAUUUAAAAUAAAAUAAAUAAAUAAAAAAAGAUGAUAAAAAAUUAAAACAAAAAAACAACACUAAAAAGUAUAAAAUAAAAUUUAAUAAAUGAAAAAAAAAACUUAAAAAGUAAAAAAAAAAUUAAAGAAAAAACCAAAUAAUAAGUAAAAACUGUAUUAACUUAAUUUCAAUUCUUUAAGAAAAAAAGGGAACCGCCUUCAAAAAACCAACCCACUGAAAAGCACAAAAUAAUUUUUAUGUAAUACCCCACCCCUAUCCUUGUCCAGUCCUUAUCCCGUCGUAAAGCAAAUUUCUGCCAAAAAGCAAUUAAUACCUAACAAUAAGCAAAUUAAUAACCAUCCAGGUAAUAAUUAGUUCUUGCACUACUAACUACUCGUAUUUUUUUUUUUCUAUUUGUCAGCAAAGAAUGUUUUUGUUGGUUUUAUUAGUAUAAAAUAGCUAGUGCAUGUAAAUAUUAAUUUUAUAUAGCCGAGGGAUCUGACAAGCAACAUUUUAAACACUUGUUUCCUAUGAAACAUGCAAACUUUGUGAAUCUUAAUUUUAAAGAGGGGUAGCAGAAACAGAGAAGAACAUCUGGACUUACAAAAGCAUUUUUGCUCAAGCUGUAAUGGAGACACCUCACAGUCGCUCGGUCGAUAGUGAUCUGCUUUUUGUAAAAGUACACAAAAGUUACAUAAAAAUUUCGAACAAUAAAUAGCUAAAUUCCCGAAUCAUGAGGUCAGGUGUUAAGGGGUCAUUUAUUAAUAACAUCACACGAAUUUGAAGAUUUUUUUGAUCCCUUUCCCCUACCCUGUCACACCUGGUCACAUUUGACUAACCCCUCCCCCCUGGUGUUGACGUCACAUAUUAAAUUUGGCAAUUUUGUUUUCAACACAAUGAACAAUUUCAAUUAGUUUUUAUUAUUUUCAUUUUUUUUUUUACAAAAGCAAUGUAAGAAAUUUGUAACACGAAGCCGAUUAGGAAUUAAAACAUCCAUUAAAACUAUUAUCUUUGCAAAAACUAGUUAUUUAACUGUUAAAAGCGAAUAAAAAAAAUCAAACCCAUUUUCGGUUACAGGUGUAGUUCGUGACGUCACAAAGUUUGUGAUUUCCCCCUCCCCCUUGUCACAACGUCACAUUUUUGUCCCCUCCCUCCCCCUAAACGUGUGACGUAAUGACCCCUUAUAUAAAAGUUAAUUUUUAGAAUUAAGUAGAUCUUUAGUUUAGUUGAUUUUCAGUAAGAAG